AUGCUAAAGGGGGAUUGCUUAAUUUCACUUUUUGACAUAGUUGAGGAGUUCAAUAACUACUGCAUGCUGUAUAAAAAGAAGCAUGCUAACAGUUUUAAUAUUUCUAGUAAUGUGCUUACAAAAAAUGAAAGAAAUAAGGAGAUAAAUGAAUUUAAUUAUAAAUUUAAUGAUUUUAUGAACAAACUUAGCAUUUUGUAUAAAUGCAUUUUAGAGAAAAAGGGUACGAAUAAGGAUGAUGAAGUAGAAGGUAACAAAAUUAAUAGCAAAGACACUGAUGAAUCACAAUAUUUCCAUUAUAAUAGUAACGAUAUUGGUGAAACUAUAUGCAUACAACAAAAUAAUGACGAAAUAGACGAAGGAGAUAGAGCAGGAUCUGAUAAGGAUGGAAAGUUUUAUUAUAAAUGUACUAUUGAUAUGGAGGAUGAGUAUGACAAGAUUAAAAAUUUGAAUACGGAGAAAAUUUUAAAAGAAAGAAAUAAAAGAAAGAUUGACGAAAAGUUGGAAUUAGGAAAGAUUAAUAAGAUGUGGAGCAUGCAUGAGCAAAAUCCGAAAUUAUCAAGUUCUACAAAUAGGUAUGAUAUAUUAGCAGCAUGUAAUAAUAAUAAUAAUAAUAAUAAUAUUGAUUAUAAUAAUAAUAAAUAUCAUCUAGUAACAUUUGAAGAGUUCCCGUUCCAUUCUAACAGUAAUUCAAGUAAUUCAAGUUCAUUAACAAACACGGAAGACUCAAGCAAUGAAAAUAAUGAUUUUACAGUUAAUAGGAGAAGUGAUGUCUUAAUAAAAUAUGUUACUGGGUUAGACUAUACACUAAAUGUUAGAAGAGUAUCUAAAGAAUAUUUAAUUGAAGAGAUUAAAGAAUUUUAUAGAAUACAUAACAAUAGUAUUAAGUUAGAUGAAUAUUCCAAAUACUUAAGUUAUGAAACUAUAAAUAUGCUAAAAAAAAAGGUGGAUAAUAAUAAAAAUGGAACCUUUGAUUUUAUGGGUAAUUAUAAUAAUAUUUUUAAGGCGGAAAAUUUUUUUUUCAAUGUUCCUAUAAAUUAUUUUUUUAUUAGAAACUACGAGGAACAAACUGGGGUUACUAUGUCCUCAUCGAAUUAUACAAAUUAUGAAAAAAGUUUAAAUGGUGUCAAUACAUAUUCACUGUCUAACAAUUCAUCCAGUAUCAAUGGAAACAACUAUAACAUAUAUACAGAUAGUAUACUAUUAAGUAGAAACAAUUCGUAUAACAAAUGCAAUUCUCCUAUGUUUGGAUCAGAUGAUCGUCAGUUAUCUCCAAAUUUUGGCACGUAUAAUGGAACUAAUAAAAGUGAAGAAGUCGAUAAUUAUGAAGAUGAGAAUUAUGUGAGUAGUGAAAAAUAUCAAAUUGAUGAAAAUAACAAAUUUUAUAGAAGCCCAUAUUGCUAUAACGAAGAGAUAGAAAAUAAACAUUUUAGAUUCAAUUCAAAAAAUGAACCAAUUGCAGAAAAAGAUGAAAAAUUAAAUAAAUGUUCAACUAUUCCUUCAAAAAUGUUUAAUCAUUUUUGUAAUUCACCCAAGAGUAACAGCAAUAUUUAUGAGAAUGAAGAUAAAGUAACUAGAAUUCAUGGUUAUAUCGAAUCAGAGAAUUAUGAAACGUGUGAGAUAAAUAACAUAGUCAAUAAAAAAAAUAAUUUAAAUAGUAAUAGAAGUGAUUUUUACCAAAGUAUAAGUGACUUCUACAAAUGUAUGGAAAACCAUAAUUAUUAUAAUUGUUCGCAGGGGAAGAACAACAUUAACAAUUAUAGUUACAGCAAUGACAUGGACAGAAAUAACAAAGAAAGUAAGAACAAUACUAUCAAUGACAAUAACCAUGAUAACAGUGAUAACAAUAAGAACAAUAUCACGUAUAAUGCCAGAAGCAGCUCCCCUUUUCUGGUUAGCAAUGAAACGAGCGUACAAGGAAAUAGUAUAAAUUUCCAGGAGAAUGGGAAAAAUAUAAAUAAUUUAUACUUUGAUGAUGAGCUGUCUAACGCUAUAACACUAGAGAAUGAACCAUGUAUAAAUAAAGAAAUGGACGACAACAGAGAGAAUCAUUUGUCUGAUAGGAAUAUUAAAGAUACAAACACUUGUUACGAAGCAGAAUGUAAAUAUAAAAGUAUAUCUGAGGAGGAUAAUGUAAUAAAGAAGGAAAAACUAAUACAAUAUGAAAAAGAAGAAAACAGGUGGAUUGAUGAAUAUUGUAAUGGAAAUUAUAAUUUAUUUAGAUCAAAACAGUUAAAAAAAAAAAAAGAAUUAAAGUUUAAUGGUGAAUAUAACGUAACUAAUGAUAUUCUAAAACUUGAAGACACAGGAAAUAACGUGAAGAAUGAAAGAAUCAAUAUUAAUCUUAGAAAUGGUCAUUAUAAUGGUGAUAACGACAGUCACAAUCGCAGUGAUAGUGACAGCGAUAUGGGUACAGUUAAGGAUGUCAUUUUGGAGAACGAAAGUAAUUACGACAACACAUAUAAUGUAAUUAAUCUAAAAAUUGUGUAUGAAACAAAUAAAAGCGAGUUUUGCAUUUUGGAAGAAAUGAAUUUCUUUCCAGGUCAAAUAAUUAUAAAUAAAUAUAAAGUAAUAAAGGUUUUGUCCAAGACUAAGUUUAGCACUACCUUAAAAUGCUUAAAUAUUCUUUAUAAAAGAGGUGGAAAACGGAAGGAUGUAUGUUGUACAAAUAAAACCACGAAGGAUGAAAAAAUAAAUGCUAAUAAAAAGAAUAUUUAUGAUAAUGUGAUUAAUUUUGAUACACAAAAAAUGUCAACAGGCUUUAAAACAAAAAAUGCUACCUGCAAUGGUCAUAGUAUACACAAUAAAUACCUUAAUAUGGAAAGAAAAUCUCUUUUAACAAACAAAGGGAGAAUAAAAAAAGAUUAUAAAUAUGUCUGCUUAAAAGUGAUGAAAAAUGGAAAGAGUUUUUUAGAUCAAGGUUUAUUUGAAUUGAUAGUUUUGAAUAUGCUAUCAAGUGAAAGUAAUACCACGAAAGGUGAUAGCUAUUGCACAUUGACUAAUAAAAAUAUUAUACAACUCUAUGAUUAUUUUUAUUUUAAAGAGCAUUUAGUUAUAGUAACUGAAUAUAUGCAAAGUGACUUAUACAAUUAUUUUAUAAAAAAGGGGAAAUUAGGAACAUUAGGUCAACUACAAAUUUUAGCUAAGAAUUUAUUGGAUGGUUUAGCAUAUAUCCAUUCGAAAAAUUUAAUUCACUGUGAUUUAAAACCUGAAAAUAUUAUGAUAAAUAUGAAGAGAGGGAAAAAUGUCUCGAAAAGGGAUUCAAAAGAGGAGACAGACGUGAAAUAUAACACAAAUAAUACAGAAGAAAAAGCGGAAAAUAAAUUUAAUUCAACAACAUCAAAUUUAUCAGGAGCAUUAAAAAACCGUUCAUUCGUAAACAGUUAUAAUGCAUAUAUCGCAGAGAGUUAUGAACCUAGUUUUAUGUCAAAUGAGAAUGAUAUAAAAGAUGUCGGCGAGAUCAAGUGUAAUUCUUACCAGGAGGCAAAUAAAAGUGAAAAGAAUAAUUUAGUUAUCCUCAAAAAUUUACAUGAAAACAAUGAAACAUGUGAAAAAGAUAAUAUUUUAUUAUCAAAAUGUGGUAACUAUUCGAGGAAGUGUUAUGACAAAUAUGCAUAUGAAAAAGACACUAAUAUUUAUAAUAAUAAAGGAAACUGUUCAAAUAAUUCCGAUAAAACUCAUAUUUUUAGUUGUGAAAAAUUUGACAAAAUAAAAAUAAUAGAUUUUAAUAGUUCUAUAUAUGAAAGUGACAAAUUAGAAAUGUAUGUUCAAACAAGAUCUUACCGAUCCCCUGAGGUGUUGUUACAACAAAACUAUGAUAGAAAAAUUGAUAUGUGGAGCUUGGGUUGCAUAUUAUUUGAAUUUUUAACUAAAAAUAUAUUAUUUGAUCAUCAAAAUAUAUAUCGUUUUAUAUAUUCUAUAGUGUCUUAUAUUGGGCCCUUCCCAUUUUAUAUGAUAAAUGGAUGUAGAAUACCUUAUGUUUUUACAAAACAUGGAUUAAUAAUACUAAACAAAAUAACGGUUGAUAAAAAUUAUGAUAAUUAUUUUAAGGAAGAACAAGUUCAUGAAAUAGAUGACGAUCCAGUUAUCUUUAACUCAAAAGAUUUCUUUCGUCUAAAUAAAAAUGAAAAUUUUAUAAAUGAUUUAUUAAGAAAUAAAAGCACAAGCCAAAGUUCACAGUUUCUAUCUAAAGAACGAAAUCAAGAGGUUUAUUACGAUGUCUGUAGUCCUAGUAAUAACCUGUUAAAACAUAAUUUUCAAAUAAGCGAUUUAUUAUUUCUAGAUUUCCUUUUAUCGCUACUUCAGAUAGACCCCUGCAAGAGACUUAAUUCGAUUGAAGCAUUGGAGCACCCAUGGCUCAGGCCACAACUGUACGAAGACGGUUUGUAG